AUGGAAUCACCGGCGAUUCAUCCGGAGUCUCCUAUGGACCAGGAGGAUAUUCCCUUCCCGUGUAUGGGUUGUGGAGAGAUUUUGGAAGAAGGAAAGGCAUUUGAGCUUUCUGGACAGAGAUGGCACAUUGAUUGUUUCCGAUGCAGCACUUGCGGCACCCUUCUCGACUCGGACGCACACCUCCUUCUCCUCGGCGACGGCUCCCUAAUUUGUAGCAGCUGUACCUACAGUUGCAACUCGUGUGGAAACAAGAUUGAAGAUCUGGCGAUUCUCACAGGUGACCAGGCUUUCUGUGCUCAGUGUUUCCGUUGCCGUAACUGCAAGAGGAAGAUUGAGAAUCUCCGCUAUGCCCGCACCUCACAAGGAAUAUUCUGUAUGGACUGUCACGAAUCUUUAAUGCAACGAAGAAGGAAAAAGAAAGCAAGUGCGACGGGGAAAAGACCGGGAGGACCGGGGGUAAAAUUGGACAAGUCGCUGCCCUCGCUUCCCCCGAGCAUGGAGGAAACCCGAUCCAUCGACGAGGCUGCGAGUGAGAGCUACGCAGAGGCUACGGAGCCCUCGCAUGGGAGGACAGACGGCCACGGCGAGAACACUCGUUCUGAGUCGCCCUCUCGUCAGGCAGCUGCCACAGACAACCUCAUCCUCCCCUCGAGUACUUACCGAAGCAGUCGUCAAUUAGGUGGACAGCGCGAUAACGACGCCGACGAAGGCGGCGAAUUCCUUAUUCCCCUCACCUUCGACCCCUCAGAGGCUCUUCGCUCUUCCUCCAAUACACAACCCCAGCAAGAGCUGCCCCGUGACUACUUUGGUCAGAUCGGGUCUGGCGAUUCAUCUCUCCAAACUUCUCGUGACGGCCGGGAUUACACGCUGGAACCUCCCUCUCGUGCUUCAUUAGAGCAACCCUCUCCGCACAUUGCAUACCAGGAGAAAGGUCGGGACGCACGUGAGAACGACUCCAGUCGGCGUGACAUGGAUUCCAGGAAUGGAUGGCCAGAGAAGCCCUCUACUUCGCAUUCGGAGAGAGCUAGGCUCGGCAAGUCUGAGUCUGCUCGCAGCUCUCGGUCUGAUUUGCCAUUGGCGCUGAGAGAGAUGAGUGCUUUCUCUGGACAGACGAGUCCUGAUAGUAGCCGGCCAAAGGAAGUAACUGGGUUGGAUGGGGCUACUCCAGGCUCUGCACGUCCAUCAACCGAACUACGCCGACCCCACGAUCACACAACUUUGGACUCGAGCCGUUCGCAGCCUACAACAAGCAUGGCAUACCCACCAAAGCGGGGCGAUUCCCUCGAGGGCAAACACCACAUCCCACGCAAGGAAGUUGGUGCAUCGCCUGCAUCUUCCGCUUACGGGGGAUCCCCCAGAUUCCCCGAUAGCAUCACUGAGCAGCAGACACAGACCCUCACCUCGGUGACCACCACAAUGGACGGCGCAGGUUCGCCAUCCCAGACGCGAUACAAUGGAAGCGAAUUCUCUCCGGACGAUGACCAAACAAGCGAUUCAUUCCUUCGACGCAUGUCCAACUCCGUUCGCCAUGGCCGAAGCUUCAGUGACAAGAGUAUUCGCCUCGGAAAAGACGGCAAAUAUCCUCGCUCGCCUGCCAAUGGCAGCUCGAUUGGCACGGAUAUCGGCAGUCCUACGGCCAGCACCGCUCAAGCCGAAGAGAUUGCCUGGCUUCGCAACGAGCUUCGCAAGGAACGUCAGCGCGUGUCUGAAAUGGAGGCUUCUCUGCGCGCUACCGCGGAUGUGAAGCAAGUCAACACUGAACUCUCGGAGAAGCGAUCCACCAUGGUUGUUCUUGACGCCCAGAGAGAAAUCGUUCUCCGCGAGCUGACGGUGCUGACGGAGCAUUUGGAAGCGGAGAAACGGGGUGCUGCUGGUGGACCUCUGGAUCUUGGAAAGCUUUCCAACCAUGUCCUUCGUGAACUUGCCGAAGCCAUCCACAAACUCAAGGAAUCCUACACUCCCCAAAUCGAGGAUCUCAUUCAAAAGCGCAAUGAUUUGACAGAGGAACUUGCCAACAUCAACCGGCAGAAAGAAAAGGUCUUCCAAGAAUUCGAGCAACUUUCGUCGAAGAAUGCCCAACUGGCUGAGUUGAACAACACUCUGGUGCACCAGAUUCAAGAGCUUUACAAGACCACCUCUGACGGUCAGCGUGGUGCCAACGGACUCGGUAUUGUCUCUCACAGCAAAGACAGAUCCAUUGGUUCGCUCGAGACUCUGAAGCCGGCCAUUGAUAGCCUUGCGCCGUCUAUCUCGACUGCCCAUAUUUCUGAUGACCUGGAGACCCAAACUGCUACGGCUACCGUUGUUCCUGGUCCUCAGGUUGUCAACCUGCGCAAGGGCAAGUUCAUGAACUGGAAGAAGGGCGGACAGAAUGUUGCGAAGGGUGUCAAGGGUCUUAAGGGCGCCUUUAUGUCCAGCGAGAAUGCAGAGGGUGGUGGCGGCCUCCCCCGAUCUCAGACUCAGGAUCCUAGCCGACAAGGCUUUGGAUUCUUUGGCAACCAACGCAGCAAGCAAGGCGGCAAGAUGUCGCAGGCCGACAGCGUGCCAGUUUUGGCCGAAGUCGCUGGUGGUCUGUUCGGUACCGAUCUGGAGGCGCGUAUGGAGCACGAGAAGAGCAUUAUUCCGGCCAUUAUCACGCGGUGUAUCCAGGAGGUUGAACUGCGAGGAAUGGAUAUGGAAGGUAUCUACCGUAAAUCAGGUGCUGCCUCUGCCAUUCAGGGUAUUCGCGACGGCUUUGAACGCUCUCCAUUCGACUAUGACAUUUCUGACCCUGACCUUGACAUUCACGCCGUUACCUCUGCUCUUAAGCAAUACUUCCGCAAGCUCCCAAUGCCACUGAUCACGUAUGACAUCUACGAUAAGAUCAUCGACUCGGCUGAGAUCACCCACGCUCCUGCACGAGUUGAACUCCUACAAAAGAAUCUGUCCGAAUUGCCCCGUGUCCACCGUGACGUUUUGGAAUUCCUGGUCUUCCAUCUGAAGCGUGUCGUCGAGCGCCAAGACGAGAACUUGAUGACCAGUCAGAACAUCGCCGUCGUCUUUGCGCCGACCAUUAUGCGGCCCGAAAGCUUGGCUCGCGAGAUGACGGAUGUGCAGAAGAAGAACGACAUUCUGAAGUUCCUAGUCGAAAACUGCCAGGACGUCUUCAUGGGCAUGCAGAACUAA